UUUCUAUCGUAUUUGAUAUAGUAGGUUAAGAUCGUCACUAGCUAUAGAUUUCUGUGCAGCGAUGGACUCUCGGCGUGUCUCGUCUUCUCAGCAGUCGCUCAGUGAAGAAGAUAAGAACAAGGAAGGAAGCAGCUCGGAAGAUGAUUGUUUUCUCUCAUCAUCACACGAACUAAGACUUGGAAACAUCCAAAACGGUCUAAGGGAGCUUAGCGUUGAUCACUCAUCCUUGGCUUCACUCCUCAGCAAGCGACUGGAUAUUACCUGGAACUCCAUGGUGAAAGCCAAGGAGAGUUACACCAGCAAGGAGUGGGAUGCUGUUCUUAAGCAUACUAGCGAUGCAAUUGAGCAAGGGGAGGCAAACGGGCUUUGCUUGCACUUUUACCUACUAUGAAACCUUAUGUGUCUUUUGAACCCUUGCAUUUGAAUUUGGGCAAAUAAGGGGACAAAAGCCCUUUACUUGCUUUUAUGUGUGGCCCAUUACAGUUAUGCAAAGUUGCAAACCCCAGCA